AUGGAUUCAAAAAAAUCGAAGAGGGACAACUCCUACCUUUACAGUACAAAGAGAAGGAAGGAGUCUAGAAGCAGGGGAAAUAUCAAGAUUAAAGAAGAGACACCGACUGAGGCAAAGGAACAAAUAAGAAUCCUGGGACAAGAUCCAAAAGGACAUCAUAGAGAUAGAGUGGUUAAAACUAGGAUAAUGGGAGGAAGAAUGCAGAGCCAUGAAGAAUACUCCAGUUCCAAGAAUCCGCAGAGAAGUAAAUGGAAUGACCAAAAUGAAGGACUGAAGCAACCAGAUAUAGAAAAAUUUUUAUCGCCAAAAAAUCAGAUCCCUUUGUAA